CGUGCCGAGACGACGGCCAGGCGACGGCCCAGGCCCGCAGUCGAGGGCCGCCCGGGCAGACGAGCAUGCCGACCGAGACGGGGCUCAACUGCCACAAUGGCACCAUCAAGUACCUCCUGUUCGUGGCCAACUUCGCCAUCGCUCUGUGUGGGCUGGUCGGCAUGGCCCUGGCGGCCUCCCUGCUGGCCACUGACGCCAGGAACGUGGGCGACCUAGGCUGGACCCUGGGCGUCAUCUCCACCAUCGGCUUCCUCACCUUCUUCAUCGCCUCCCUGGGAUGCCUCGGCGCCAUCCGGGAGAACAGCCGAAUUCUCAUAGCGUACGCGGCGUGCCUGCUGGCCGUCAUCGUCUCCCAGAUCAUCGCCUGCGGCGUGCUCAUCGCUUACUCGGACUUCGCGGACCAGACCAUCGACAGGAUGUUCCUGCACGCCAAGAUGGGCGACCCCUUGUUCGGCUACACCGUGGCCAGCAUUCAGAGCAAAUUCCACUGCUGCGGCUACAACAGCCCGUCCUUCUGGUACCGCAGCAACGGCAGCGACCUGCUGCCCACCAGCUGCUGCGACGGCGUGCUGCUGGACAAGUGCACGCGCGACGACGCGCGCCUCUUCAACGUGGGCUGCCGCAGCGCCUUCGUCGACUUCGUCAAGAAGUACGGCAUCGCGUUCGGCACCGUCGGCCUCGCCAUCGCCCUGCUGCAGACCCUGGGCAUCUGGUUCUCGCUGGCGCUCGCGGCGCGGAUUCGGGACCUGGAGCGCCGGAUGAAGGGGCUGUGAAGCGCCGCCAAGCAGACCCGACCGUCCAGACUCCGCCAGACGCUCGCCGCACCCUCGCCGACGUCGCCUGCAGACUGAGAGUCGUUGUCGUCGCGCUGUCCCUCUCGCACCCAGACGGGACGCCCCGUGAGUGCGAGAGAGACGGAGCGACGAAAACGGCCCCGCGACGUGACUGCAGCCUCGCCGGCCUCGCCUCCAGCGACCGCGGCCUUCGCGCGGCCGCCAACCCUUCUCUCCACUUUUCGUUUCUUUUUCUCUUUUCCGAAUAUAAUCAAGUUGGAAACUGGA